AUGAGCCUAUGCCCUACAUGCAACCGAUUGAUUUGUCAUGGUAGAGAAGAAAAACGGCACACAGACCGUACUCGAGCUUCAGAUCAAUGUCAGAAGCAAGGAGUAUGCCUACGUGUUCUGACGAGAACACCGUAAGAACCAAAUUCAGCAAUAGACAACAGCUAUUUAUUUUCUCACAUUCAAGGUGAAGGCCAUAAUUUUCAGUAACAUCCUAUAGUCUUAGUCAGAGGAGGUAGAGUGAAAGAUUCGCCGAGUGUGAAAUCACAUCGUAUUUAAGGAGUGAAGGAUUUAUUGUGAAUUCCAGAUCGUAGAAGAGGCAGAUCAAAAUAUGGUGCAGAAGGACGCAAAUCGAAAUGA